CUUAUUAGACAUUUAUAUAUUGCUUUCUCCUUCAGAAGCGAACCUGAAACAUGGCAAAGGUUUUCAAAAAGACCAGUGGAAAUGGGCAGCUCUCCCUUUUCCUGGGAAAGAGAGACUAUGUGGACCAUGUGGACUAUGUGGAUCCUGUUGAGGGUGUGCUGAAGAUUGAGCCCACAGACCUUGGAGACAGAAAAGUUUGGAUCCAGCUCUGCUGUGCAUUCCGCUAUGGCAGUGAAGACCUAGAUGUGAUCGGCCUUACAUUCAGAAAGGACAUCUGGACACAUCACAUCCAGCUGCAUCCUGAUUGUGGCUACAAGCCAGCCCUCACUGAGAUGCAUGAAACUCUGCUGAAGAAGUCAGGGGACCAGAGCUAUGUCUUCACCUUCAACAUCCCAACCAACAUGCCCUGCUCUGUCACCCUCCAGCCUGGUCUAGAGGACAAGGGGAAGCCAUGCGGUGUAGACUUUGAAGUCAAGGCCUACUUAGCAAGAGCUGCUGAAGACCCAGAUGAGAAAAUUGACAAGAAAGACACCUGCCGCCUGAUUAUCCGGAAGGUUCAGUUUGCCCCUGACAACACAGGAUCUGGACAGAAGGCAGAAAUAUGUAAAACCUUCAUGAUGUCUGACAAGCCCGUUCUUCUGGAGGCCUUUCUUGAUAAGGAUAUCUAUUACCAUGGAGAACCCAUUCCUGUUAAAGUUAAGGUGAAGAAUGAGACCAGCAAAGUGGUGAAAAAAAUCAGAAUUUCUAUUGACCAGACCACAGAUGUCAUUCUGUACUCUGCAGACAAAUACACCAAGACUGUGCUGUCUGAAGAAUUCUCGGAGACAGUAGAAGGUAAUGCAACAUUUGAAAAAACACUUGCCAUCACUCCACUGCUGGCCAACAACAAAGAGAAGAGAGGGUUAGCACUGGACGGGAAGCUGAAGGAGGGGGACACCAACCUGGCCUCCAGCACCAUCUUGCAGCCAGGAAUGGACAAGGAGGUGCUUGGAAUUCUGGUGUCUUAUAAAAUCAAGGUGAACCUGCUGAUGUCUGGAGGAGGCUUAUUGGGAGGUCUGGUACCCAGUGAUAUGACUGUAGAGUUGCCUCUGACACUGAUGCACCCCAGACCAAUAGAGUGAAGCCCUAUGGACAGCCACAAGAUGGAGCAGAUCUUUUGUGUCAUCUCCCUCAGCAGACAACGCAUACUGGCAAAGCCAUAAAAAGACAUAUAAAAGAACGCAAGCGUGGAUCUCUGAAGACCAGCAGACAAACCGAUUACAGAAAUACCUCACAAGCCAUGUAAUGUACUGUAGAUUUCCCAACAGUCAAGUUUCCAGUUUACAACCAGAGUUCUACAGGAUUUAGGCUCACAAUUAACCAGAUUAAGUAUAGCAGACCUAUAAUAGACUAAUAACAGACCAAUAAUAUGUUUAGUUUGUCUACUCAAGUAAGAGUGGUUCCUAAACGUCAUCAUUUUACGUCACCCAAAACAAUCUGUCUGCCUGAAAAGGGCAGUUUUCUCACGUAUGUCUGGCUAGUUAUUCUUUUAUCCCACCCUAACAGAACGUGUGUUUUCAUUUCUGCUAAAAUUAGGAAUAUGUAAUAUGUUUGUGCUUAGCUUUCUUAUUUCGGCUUGCGUAGUGCCCCCUACCCCCUGAUGUCAU